AACGAUUGCGUUGACGACAGCUUCCGUUUUAUACAAGUUUGAAAAUCGAGCUUUAAAAGUCUGUAGACUCGUAUAAUUACGAUAAGUUCAAAUAUGGCUUUCAAUUUUCAUGCAAAUCAGUUUGAAAAAACUUUCCAUCCAGUGUCCCUUCAAAACUGGCAAAUUCCAAACGAAUUUGGAAGGAUGCCACGUAGAAGGGCAGGCACCACAGAAAUUAUUGCCAGUAACCGGGGACACCUUUCUACUGGAGUCCCAAGGUCAAGGAUAUCACCAUGGGGAACCUUUGUGGGAACAUGGGAUAUGCCUAACAAACUGCCAGGAAUCCAAAUGACGAACUUCACGGCGAGGUCAGAAAAUGCUAUGGAGAAACUGCUCCGCUGCAAGACCGAAGGAGAUUUAAUUCUCAGUGGAAAACUGAAAAAGUCUAGGGUACCACAACCACUGCCAAUCAGACCUGACAUUGAGGCUGGACAAACCGGAGACCUUUUGCCACAAAGGUCGCCGUCAACAGUAAAAUCGGGAUCGGGGGUGCGCUCUGGGGCGAGAAACCCGACACCAAAGCCCGACUGCACGCAGCCUGACACGGUUGACAACCUGCAUUGGCCGUGCCCCGACAACGUGCCGUGCGAGGAGCACGGGUCCGGGUCCAGACAACAGAGACGCGACCUGGAGGCCAGGGACAACCUGGCCGUCAGUCCGAGCCAACAGGAACCGAAUACUCAAUCGCUCCAGCAAGCCUCCGAACCGGAAAUCGGCCGAUUGGUGAAGACUCCUGAUGGCGUAGAGUGGCCUUUGAAAACGACUCUUGAAUCUUAAAGUAUACCAGUUUACAGACUCUAUCAUUAGAAUUCUGCAAACGACUGUUGAAUCUUAAAGUAUACAUACCUGUUUACGGAUUCUAUAAUCAGAAUUUGGGUUUUUUUGUAACAUUUUUUACAAAAAUGUUUUAAGGAAUGAAUUUUUGAAAACUUGUCUUUAAGAUUUAGGAUAUUUAAAAAGAAACAUAUUAUUAAAAUUUAGGGCAUUGUGCUAGACAGAUGAGGUUUUUUUUAAUAGAAAAUAGCAAUAAGACGGGGAUUCCCCCCCCCCCCCCCCCCCCCCCC